UGCUGGGAAUGCUAGCGGCAGACGACGAAAAGGGCGAACUCCCUUGUUGUCGGACCGCUAAUUUGCCAAGGGCAUUCCAAAGCCGGCAUCCAGCAUUGUAGGUUGGGAACCUUGCGGCGAUGGUCUCAGACUCGAGGGGAGACUGGCCGCGAACAUCCCUUGAGCAGACACGCGACCGGAACUUGUUGAAAAAGGCCGGAUUCUGCUCGUCAAUCUCGUCUCUAUUUCUUCCUACUUCAUCAAGCAGUCCAACAGUCUCUUCUGACACUCAGCCACUCGUUUGAUCACUCUCACUUCAACUCCCAAACAUCCAUCCACACCACCUAGUUCUCCCUUCACCCGAGAGACGUUCAGAGCAAACAAAAUGGUUGCUUCCAAGGUUGUCCAGCUUGCGGCCGUGGCCGGCUUCGCGUCCAUGGCUGCGGCCAAGGGUCACAAGAUCGACAAGAGAGCCACCAGCACCAUCCUCAGCACUGUCACUAUCACUACCGCCACUGAGACUGUGACAUACACCACCCUGACCGAUGACACUGGCAAUCCGACUACUACGCUCGAAAGCAUCAGCUAUGGAGUGUCGGAAUCUCUUUUCUCCAGCGAGACCAGUGUUCCUGAUCCCACCAGCAGCAGCACUUCGAGCUCCUCUUCUGAGAGCUCUUCCGAGAGCUCCUCUGAGAGCUCGUCCACCGAGGUCGAGAGCUCUUCCACCGAGGUUGAGAGCUCUUCCACCGAGGUUGAGAGCUCAUCGACGGAGAUCGAGACCUCGUCCACUGAGCCCACCACCACCUCGGACGACGCAACAACCUACACGUCUGAGACGUCCUCCACUGCGAGCCCCACCGUUACCCCUGGCGGUGGCCCGCCAUUCCUGCCCGCCAUUCCUGCCGGUGCUAUCACUGACAGCGACGGCCCGAUCAUUGUUCGUGGCAAUGGUGCCGGUGCCAGGAAGGAGAAGCGUCAGCUUGUCCAGGGCAAUGACUGCAGCACCGCUUUCGUUUAUGAUCUUGACAAUGGUGUCUUGUCGUUGAACGGUGUUGCCCUUGGGUCUGGAGACACUACCGCCGAGACUUUCAUCGCCGCCACUGGUGCUGGUGGCCUCACCUCCACGUGGUUCAUCUACAAUGGUGUGCUCGGCUGGUUCAACACGGCCUUCUACAACAACCAGGCUGGCUUCUGCACAACCCCUGCCGGCACCCUCUACCUGACCUUCGUCAGCCCCCUCGACCCCGAGUACCCUGCCGACUGCACUUCCACGACUCUUGAGGCCAUUGACGCCGACCUCUGCGUGGGCGGUGUGCUCCAGCCCGUUGACCCCGGUUGCGCGUACCCCAUUGGCAUCCCCCGUGGCGAUGACUUGUACAUCACCGACUGCCCGACCCCUAGCGGCGAGAUCUGCAGCACCACGGUCAAGUCGUGGAUUGCCGGCUCGCUCACCUUCCUGCCCGACUCGGACUUGUAGAUGCGCUCUUUUUGAACGCCGAAUCAGUCCAAGCUGCGCGGCCCCGCCGUCUUGGCUUUGGUCUUACGAUGAAGUUAUGAAGGCGAGACACACGAGUCACGAUCACGGCCAUCUCUGGCAAGAGAUAGUAUCCCCAUUUUUCGCAUCGGACGCGCGCAAGGGAUGCCUUUUGUGAGGCAGACGAGCGACUGUUCGCGGCGCUGAAGCAUGGGUGGUGUGAGAGUGAGAGAGAGAGAGAGAAGAUGGGAAAGGGCCCACCGUUGGAAGUGAGGGGUUUCGGGU